UGGCGAUGGAUGGCCCCAUAUAAUAUCUUGGUUUUUGUUCUCUGAGCCAUAACCCUCUUCACAUUUUAUACCAUCCGAUGGGAUAUCGCAUCCAGAAUGACGAAGCACCACGAAGAGUCCAGAGUGGAUGAUUAUCCGCAGUUAAGUCUCCCGUUUCGAUGCAUGCAACCCGAGUACGACGUUGUAGUUGUAGGAUCUGGCUACGGGGCUGGCGUUGCUGCGAGCCGAAUGGCUCGAGCUGGUAAAAGAGUCGCGGUUUUGGAGCUUGGAUGGGAAAUACGACCGGGUUCAUUCCCCCAAACGCUGAAGGAAUGCCUACGCGAGUUGAAUGUUACCGGGUCAUCUCGACGAAAUCGAGGUCUGAGGAGGUGGCCGUUGUCAGGAAGCCCGACGAAUCUGUUUCAGCUGACUCUCGGAGAGGGCCAGCAUGCAUUUACAGCUCAUGGGUUAGGGGGCGGCUCGCUAAUUAAUGGCGGCGUUUUUCUGGAAGCAACGGAAAAUGUGUUGCAGAUGAGCUCGUGGCCAGAGGAAAUUAGAAGAGACCCGACUACACUCGCAGAAUACUACACUCGUGCGGCUAAAAUUUUACAGCCGUCGACCUAUCCAGACAACCGACCACAACCUAAAAAAUUACUUCAUUUGCAGGAGCAAUCGAAAUGGUUAGGGGAAGCCGAAACCUUCUAUCGGGUACCUCUUACGACGUUUUUUCACGGUACACGGAAUAGCACCGGUGUUAAAAUGAACGCGAAUACAGGUUCAGGACACGAAUGCACUGGUCUCAAUGAUGGGUCAAAGAACUCUGUCGCAGUGACGUACUUGGCUGAUGCUUGGAACUGGGGCGCAGAGAUAUUCUGCGGCUGUGAAGUGCGAGAUGUCGAAGAAGCUCCUGACGGCAAAGGGUAUUUUAUUUAUUUCUCCUGGCACGGGAAAGGAAGAGAUGUCUUCCAGGAAGAAUUUCAUAGUCAGCUAUUUUGGGUGAAAGCUAAUGAGUAUUGCUUUCUUGGUGCUGGUGCCUUGGGGACUACAGAGAUCCUACUACGCUCGGCUAGAAAGGGGUUAUCGCUCUCCUCAUUAGUUGGACGGAGUAUGUCUGGUAAUGGGAACUCCUUAGUGUUUGGAUACAACGGGAACGAUGAUAUACACGGGAUUGCUGGAGAUAAUACACGCUCUUCAAAUAUACCGGGCCCAACAAUUACGGGUAUUAUUGAUAAUCGGGAGAAAGGCUUGGAUAAGGACCCUCUUGAUGGAUACGUGAUCGAGGACGGCUGUAUUCCAGAACCUUUUGCUCCAGUUGUACAGACUAUGCUGAGUUUUCAGGUGCUAAGAAACGAAGGAAUAUCAGUUAUCUGGCAUCCGCAACGCCAAAUACGCAAGACUUUAGCCGCUUUAAAGUCCCUUGUCAUGGGUCCAUAUGCAGCCGGCGGAGCGAUUCAACGCACCUCGACAUAUUUGAUUAUGUCCCAUGAUAGCAAUGAGAUCACAGCGUCCAUCAAAAGAGACCAAAUCAAUAUCGAAGGACCAACCGAGGGGUAUCGUGAAAAACUGAAGAAGAUAUUAAGCAGCACAAAACAUGUUCUCAUUGAUAUGAUAGAUCGCUGUCAGGAAGAGGUCACCGUUCAUAUUCUUGGAGGGGCGAAUAUGAGCCGCGAUGGUACGGGUCGUGAAGGAGUUACGAAUCAUCUUGGUCAAGUUUACACCGGUCAUGGCAGUGAGACGUACCGUGGGUUGUUCUGCUGCGAUGCUUCGACGAUUCCAACUUCUCUAGGUGCGUACAAGCUCCAAGACGUCAUUCACAAACUGCUAAUUAUACCAGGGAUAAAUCCACUUGCCACUAUCACAGCCCUUGCUGAGCGAUCACUUUCGCUCAUUGCCGAAAGGGAUCAUCUUCUGCCUGACUUAAACACAGGGAACGGCAAUUUGCACUUCGCAAGCUCCCCACGGGUGUCUCUCAAAUCCCUAGAACGUCCCCUUGCAACCGGAAGACAUGAUUCCUAUAUUUCUGUAGGAUGGCAAUUUACCGAAGUUCUUGAAGGAUAUUUCACCGACAAAACCAAAGAAGUGGGCUUGACAAUGUCGGAAAUUAAAGCUCAGGGCGUAUCCUCAGAAAUGCGCAUGGUUUUAACAGUAGAAGUAUAUCGUGGCCAGGGCCCACGAUACAGAGGCAUCUGCACCGGAACUGUAUCUUGUUUAACACUUUCAAAAGCGACGAUGAAUGUGAUGGAGGGCACGAUUGACUUCUUCUUGUCCACAGAGGACUGUGCUGAGUCAACAACGCUCAUUUAUACGCUACCGGUUCGAUCAGUAGAGGGCACAGAAUAUACUCUCAAAGGAUCCAAAAGGAUUGAUUCCCGUACAUCAUUCUCCUUCAGGAGAAUGUGGAAAGCAACAAGUACCGUGACCGUCGUGGCCUCGCAAAGAGACGGUACAUAUGCCGGAAUGGGCGCCCUACAAAUUCCAAUAUUGGCAUUUCAGCUUCAGAUGAGAACGUUUCGACCAACCGCAGUACUCGAUCUAGCAAGCAUAUUGUCACUGCUUAUGUUCUUAACCUUUUUCACUCUCCAGAUUAGCAUGUUUUUCUUUCACCCUUUCAUACCGUCCUUGCUUUUCCGCUCACCAAGGGUUAACCCGACCUACCCAUCAAGGCGUUUUGCUUCUGCUGUCCGAGAGCUGAAGGCUGCAGAUGGCGUAGGAAGCCUUCUCCAAAUGUACGAGGCCCAGCCAGGCCUAGAACAGGAAGAAGAAUCCAUUUCACGGCCACCGGUCCUGUUUCUUCCGGGAAUUACAGGAGUCGGGCCACAGUUCUCGAUAUUUGACCUUCCUUUCCAGCAGUGUAAUAUGGUUGAUUACUUUUCAGCUCGAGGCUAUCGAUGCUAUGUUUUGACUCCGCGCUGGAGCUCUGAUGAACAUGUCGCAAUGGAGUGUACCGUGUUUGAUAGUCGACUGGAUAUUGCAGCGGCGGUAGAGUACAUAUCUACACAAGAGACACAAAAGCCGUAUGUAAUCGCCCACUGUCAAGGUUCCGUUGCCCUAGGUAUGGCACUAUUGUCCGGCACAGUUGCACCCGCCCAACUACUGGGCAUGACUGGCAACUCUGUGUUCAUGAACCAGGUGUUUGGUUACUGGAACUCAGUGAAAGCGUACAGCCCGCGUCUUAUCCGUCUUUAUGAGUUUCUAGAUGGCCCCUAUUUCCCCAUUGCUUUUCAUGGAAAAAAGGGUUUAUUCCAGCUCUGCCUCGAUUUCAUUCUACGGCUGUACCCAGUUUCCUACCCACGAGACCUUUGUACCUCUGCGGCUUGUCGCCGGACAUCAUUUGCAUUCGGACUGCUGUGGAAUCAUGAGAAUCUAGAUCGGAGUACCCAUGAUAACAUAGACAAGUUUUUCACAGGUUGUCCAACCAAAAUUCUCGACCAUAUCGUGCGCAUGGGGUCGCGCGGUCGAUGCCUGGAUAGUGAGUUACGCCCACUCCUCACACCGGACAACAUCCAAAGGUUAAAAGGUCUCCCGAUUCUCCUUAUGUCAGGGACGGACAAUGAGGUUUUUGAUCCGGACUCUACACUUAGGGACUAUGAACUCCUACGACGUCAGUUUGGGGAGUCGCUCUAUCGACGGUUUUUGGUCCGGGGCUAUGGUCACCUUGAUCCUGUUGUUGGAAAGUCUGCCGCCGACGAUGUGUACUGGAGAGUAUUUGACCAUCUGAAAUGGUGUGAAGAGCAUCUUAAAUCCACGGAAAAUGCAAUAGGCAUGGAAUGAACUUCACGAACUGGAUUCGCUAUUCAGUAUGUGCGGUGGGAGACAAAAACCACACUCUUGUUUGUUCAAUUCCAGAAUAGAAAUUGCCAUGGAGCAUC